CACACAAGAAUCCACUGGUCCGCUGGUGGGUACCCCACCUGCAAGAACCAAUUCGGUACCAUUCUAUACGUGUAUGGUGGGUACCUCUUCUUCUUCUUCGUCUUCUUCUACUUCUCCUGCAGUUCCGUUAGCAGUGGAUCGGACGCGCGUCGUUAAACUCACGUAGAAACGGAACAUUCUUUCAUUUUUUUUUUAUUGGUGAAUGAAAUUAGUGCGGAAAAACGGGCAUAAAUUUUCACAGUGGAAAAUCUUCAAGGAAACCAAGUGAAAACCGCCAUUUCGGAGUAUAGUACCUUUGAUAUGUGUGACCUGACGAUGGUCGUCGGUUGACCCAGUUAAUCGGUGAAGGCAUGAUUGUGUUAAUUUACUAUUGCUCUCCACAUUAAUAAUAAUUAUAAAUUUGUUUUAAAAAUUAAUAUACUGAGGAAACAGUUAUUAUUUACUGUUUGCUCUGUGCAGGACCGUUCGGAGCCCCGAUAUGGUUUUAUUAUAACCGUAUACGUAUUUAUCGAUCGUCGCCACGUAAAAACUUUUAUAAGAGGGUUAAAACUGUUCAAAAAGACAAAUUAGGACCGUGUCAAUAGUGUUUUAAUGUAAGGCGUUUCGUAGAAGUGAGUCAAAAAUGAGGUCAGUCAUGACGCCUGAUCGGCAUCUUGGAAGUUCUUCUCGGACAACUUUUAAAGUGGUACGACCGGUGCUUGUUUUGGUAUCGAUGUUGAUGAUGAUGAUCGUAUCUCAAGCACACGCGAAUGUCUACCCGAACUCCUUCAUUUCACCCAACUCUGCGGCAGAAGAACCAGAUGAUCCUGUUGGGGGAGAAAAUUCCCUUAAGACCACCACCACAUUUUUGGAAGGAGUUUCCAGGAUCAUCAACGAGGAGGAAAAGGACGAGGUGUCGAUCGAUGAAACUCCCGUUUAUAUCAGUAAUAGGGUGGAAAGAUCAGCUGAGCCGGUACUAACGAGGACCACAGGGGACGAUAAUUUGUUGAUUUUUAAGAAUGUGGAGGAGUCUUUGGAUAGUAAUGACGUGGAGUUGUCUGGGAGGAUUGGGCAUUUUAUUCAACCGUCAAGGACUGAUAAAGACCUAUAUUUCGGAGGCCUCCACUCCACCAGCAUCCAGCACCAGUAUUCGGGGGAAGGCCAGGGGGCUCUUCAGGGCAGAUCCCUGAGAGAGCCCCUGGAAAUCGCCCCUACUGCCACGACGACGGCUUUUGCUACUCCAUCGUUACCUAAUCCAGGAAAACCGCGACAAGCCAAUCCGGACAUCCAGGACAUCAUCACCGGCAUCGUAAAACUCCUUAACGGUAACGUUAACGUGCAAGCGAAUACCGCACCGGUAAUGGGCAGACCGUUACGACCCCUAUCCACCAGGAUUAACAAUAGGGGGCCUCCGAGGAUCACUGACGUCCCGGCGUUACCUCCGGACUUUGACGUGCCCGCACCCCCCUUACCACCCCCGCCCAUGACAAACAUGUCUCCUCCGAUGACCACGCGCCCUCCCACUCCUUACCCAUUUGACUUACCGCCGGCCAACAUGUCUCCCAAGAGGCCUUACGGGGGUACCAUCCCCAUAUCGGAGAGUAAGAGGCCAGGGUUUUAUAGGCCAGUAACCAUUCCGCCCUGGAACAGAAGAAGACCGACUAAAAGACCUUUGAACCCUAAUGUACUAGCAUAUAAGCCCAUGCCGCCCAUGAGCAACUCGGACAUGGUCAGUUUGACGUCUGAGAAACCCACGGAUGAUAUUUUGACUUUGGAUUUGGGCGGGCAUAUUGAGAAUACCGCCCAGGGUGAAGCUUAUGGUGAAGAACUAGAAGGGGAUACUAAAGAUGAGGAGUUUGAUUUACCAGAAUCGAAGAAUGAUACGGAAUUUAGUAUGCAUGUUAUGCUGCAACCCUCGGUAGAGGACAGUCUGGACCAAGAAACUGCCGAUUUUGAGAAGAAUAAGGAGAAGAACCCUAAACCGGAUAAAACCACUAAGGUCACUCUGGUCACUCCAACGAUGAAAACCGACCAGCCCAUCCUGGAAACCCCAAUUUCUCUUAUAACCGAUACAAUAGCGCCCACAAACGCUUCCAAAGAACUUAUCACCUCAACACAGAUCAAUGCUUCAUCAUCAUUAUCAUCAGCUGACCUCACUGAAGCUUUCACCUCCAAAACCUCCCAACUAGAGUCCUCAAUCGCGGAGGUUUUGGUAAAAAGUGAACACCCCGAAAGUGCCACUGCCGUCCGUACUGAGCAACUCCCCAAUAGAUCCGAAGUCAUUUCUACGGAGGAUCGUCCCACUGCGGUGCCAAGUUUGGAGCGGGAAAAUGGCACCGGAAUCGCAACCGCCCCUCACCAACAACACUACCGCCCCCGGCCUGGAAUCGUGCUGGACGAUACCGAAUACAAACCCGGUCGCCAACCGAUCAUCACCAGACCACCCAUAAGCGCUUUGGGGGACAUUUUCGAUAUCACCGUGUCGGCUAUCCAGGGACCUGGUGGAGAGGCCAGUGUGGGACAAGGGAAGCCUUAUGUAAUACCUGUGGACAUUGAAAACAUCAACUCCCACUCCGACGUAUUAACGUCCCCGGUAGGUGACGAGGGCUUCGUCUCCAUAGACGGUAAACGAACGUACUUGAACCUAUUCGGGGAUAAUCCGGAUCCCACUUCGGUUCCCUCGGGAAUAAUAAAACCGAGCGUACCAUCCAAGAACCAAGUGGUGCAGGGAACCAGUUACGUGGAGCAAAAUGAUAAACCCGUUAAACCGAAUUAUGGAUCGAUUAAACCCGCUCAGAGACGUCCUGGGUUUGGAGGUAGACCCAGGCCAAGUCAUCCUCCCGUUAGGAUCGAUACGUGUAUCGUGGGUGACGACUCUACAUGCGACGCCUCCCAACACGAAAUCUGCAGAACAGAAUCGGGUGUGAGCGCGUGCCACUGUAGACCAGGAACAGCGAGAAGGAAACACCGAGAUCCCUGCAGAAAAAUCGUUUCUGUCCUUCUCUCGCUUAGGGUAGACCGGAUCUACGAAAGGAGAGUGGUGUGGGCCAAGGAACUGUUGGAGAAGAGCAGCGAGAGCUACGAGCAGUUAGCUUAUGAGGCAGAAAGAGCUAUCGAGUCGGCCAUGUCGAUGACGCCGUUCAGUGACGAAUAUCUGGGAUCCCAAGUGAAUAACAUCUAUCAGGGGGACAGGUCUCAAGGGCAAGCGGGCGUUUUCGUCAAUAUCACCCUGCAACUGGAAGAGAACGCCGACACGGCCAGGCCGUCAGUCAAAGGGGACAUCCAGAAACAUCUCCUGGGGGUCAUCCAGAGGCGCAGCAAUAAUGUGGGCAAUAGCGCCCUAUGGGUCGAUAGUCCGCCCGGAUCUGUAUCGAGUUUGCAAGAUUUGGAUGAAUGUUCGUCUCCGGAACUGCACGAUUGCCACUCGGAAGCGGACUGCAUUAACAUCUUCGGUAGUUUUAAGUGCGAAUGUAAAUCGGGACUGCGGGAUCCCUGGUCGGAUAAUAAACAUCGAGCGGGAAGGUUUUGCGAGAGAUGUCCGGCUGCCCAUUGCAGUAACCGGGGGGAGUGUAAAUAUAUGAACGGGCAGGAGAGUUGCACGUGCACAGGGAACUACUAUGGUGCCCAAUGCGAACUAGACGGCGAAGUUUUAGGAGUGGCGAUCGGAGCCAGCGUGGCCGCCAUUAUAAUCAUUGGACUCACAUUGGUCUGUUUAGUGAUGUGGAGCCGAAAAUGGAGCAGAGAACAAAAAGCGGCAGUGGGCAGCCCCGUCUUUGGUUACAUGGCAACGGCGAGUAAUACCGUGAAAACCCCCGUGGUGGGCGCACCCCCUUAUCAACUCACCCUCGAGGAUCGGGUCAGGUGGGCCCAAAUCGCGGACGUUAUGGCUCAGGCGAAUCAUUAUGCGCCCGAACCUGGAUUAGCUCCAACCAGACCCUCUUCGGCAUUAUUCGGUUAUCCCACGUUGCAAAUGAACAGUACCAUGCAGAGGCAUCCGGGGUCUAUUUAUGGUGGUGCCGGUACACUCCCACCGGUGCCUUUGCCACGGUUGAAUUUACAGGCUCAGCUAGCAAGUAAGGCCUCAAGUAUGCAAGGUAUGCGACCUUUAGACAACAGCAGUUCAAGCGAAGAAGAAGACAAAGUGGACCUGCUAGGAAGAAAUUUCCACGUGCCAAGACCGAAGAGCAGGAGUAACGCCUCGAUAGCGAAUCAAAGCGGGAUUUAUUACGAUGUGGAUUACGAGCAAAACGAAAUGUACAAACCGAGCGGGAUUCCGAUGAAGGUGUUAACCGGAUUGGGUGGGAGUAGUAAAGGCGAUGACGAUUUUUGGUAUUUUGAGGAUUUUAGGGAGCGGAAACGAGGCGCGACUAGUCCCACGACUUCCUUGUGAUCACUUCUUGUUUGUCUUUUAUGCCACUCUCAAAAUUCUUUAUUUUAUUGUAUUAGAUUUAAUUGUUUUUUUUUUGUCCUGACUGUAUUUAUUUAUUGUAUUGUAUAUAUUAAGUUAAAUGGCUUAUUUAGUACUUAAAAUGUUUGUAUGUUUCUUAUAUUAUGUAUCGACUUUUUUUAAAAUAUAUUUUUAUUGUAUUUA